AUCACAUGAGUGUAAACAGGAACCAGAAUUUUGAGCGAGACAGGGAGACCAUUGCAAAUCUCUGGCAGUAAACUUAAAACUGGACAUUUACUUUAAUAAUGAAUGAAGAACAUUACUUAGAGCUUUGCGAUAAUCCGGUCCAGUUUGAAAACGCCUCCAGCGUCAAUAAUGUAUUUUUCGACGAAGCAAAUAAACAGGUGUUUGCAGUUCGAUCUGGUGGUGCUACAGGUGUAGUUGUGAAAGGACCAGAUGACAAAAGUAGCAUCGCUUUCAGAAUGGAUGAUAAAGGAGAAGUGAAGUGCAUCAAGUUUUCUUUUGGAAACAAGAUUUUAGCAGUCCAGAGAACCGCCAAAUCGGUGGAGUUCAUCAACUUUAUUCCUGAUUUACUUCAUCUGGAAUAUUCCCAAGAAUGCAAGACCAAGAAUGCCACUAUCCUGGGUUUUUGUUGGACCAGUUGGAAUGAAAUCGUCUUCAUUACUGACCAGGGAAUUGAGUUCUAUCAGGUAUUGCCUGAGAAGCGCAGUCUGAAGCUGCAGAAGAGUCAAAGCAUCAAUGUUAACUGGUAUAUGUACUGUCCUGUAACAUCUGUUGUUCUGCUGUCCACCACAGUACUGGGGAAUGUGCUCCAGCCUUUUUUCUUCAAGAAUGGAACAAUGUCCAAAAUGUCAAAGUUUGAAAUAGAAUUACCAAUUGUCCCUAAGCCAGCAAAACUGAGCCUGUCGGAAAGAGACAUUGCCAUGGCCACCAUAUAUGGGCAACUUUAUGUUAGGUACUUGAAACAUCAUUCAAGAACGUUAAACAGUCCAGGAGCAGAGGUUGUCCUUUAUCAUCUACCCAGGGAAGGCACCUGUAAGAAAAUGCACGUCUUAAAGCUGAACACCACUGGCAAGUUUGCUCUGAAUGUGGUGGAUAAUUUGGUGGUGGUUCAUCACCAGAGCUCCCAGACCUCCAUGAUAUUUGACAUUAAGCUACGAGACACAGAAGGUACGGUUAACAUCCAUCAGCCAGUGCUGCCUGCUCGAUCCAUCCACCCAUACAAGAUCCCAUUGACAGGUCCUGCAGCAGUAACUACACCAACUCCUGUACCAUGUGAACUUUAUUCUUCUACUUGGAGUGUCUUCCAGCCAGACAUCAUAAUCAGCGCCAGUGAAGGUUACCUUUGGUAUCUCCAGGUGAAGCUGCAGCCUAUUGUAAACCUUAUGAAAGAUAAAGGAAAGCUAAUGGACUUUCUCCUGCAGAGACGGGACUGCAAGAUGGUGAUUGUGUCUGUUUGUUUCCAGAUGCUCAAUGGAUCCGACAAAGGCAACCUGUCUGUCAUUGCCACCGUGUUUGACAAAUUGAAUCAGGUGUAUAAGGAAUACCUGGAAACUGAACAAAGCUACAACAUGGCAGUGGAGGCUGGUCAAAGUCGAGGUAACCCAGCGCAGAUGAGACCAAUAAGCACGCAAGCUGUGAUUGACCAGUCCGACAUGUACACACAUGUCCUGUCCGUGUUCACAGAGAAGGAGGAUGUGUCUCACAAGUUCAUAAUUGCAGUGUUAAUGGAGUACAUCCGCUCACUCAACCAGUUCCAGAUUACAGUGCAGCAUUACCUGUAUGAACUUGUCCUCAAGACUCUUGUCCACCAUAACCUCUUCUACAUGCUUCACCAGUUUCUGCAGUACCAUGUUCUCAGUGACUCCAAACCCCUGGCUUGCCUCUUGCUGUCGCUUGAAAGCACUUACCCGCCAGCUCAUCAGUUGUCUCUUGACAUGCUGAAGAGAUUGUCUACAGCCAAUGAUGAGAUAGUGGAGGUCCUGCUGUCCAAACAGCAAGUGCUGGGGGCACUGAGGUUUAUCAGAGGCGUCGGGGGACAUGACAACAUAUCAGCACGCAAAUUCCUGGACGCAGCAAGGCAGACAAGAGAGGAGAUGCUCUUCUACACCAUCUUCAGGUUUUUUGAGCAAAGAAAUCAGAGGCUACGCGGAAGCCCACAUUUUACUCCAGAUGAGCACUGCGAGGAACAUGUUGCUUACUUCAAGCACAUUUUUGGGGUGGAAGCAGUAAUGAAGCCCACAGCAUCAUGAACCAACAUGUCUUGCAGCUCUCUGUGUUUAAAGUUAGGCUGUACACUUAAUUUAUUGUAUCUGAUCAAAGCUAAUGAGCUUUAUCAGUAUCUGAUUUCAUUAUGUAUAAAAAUGCUUUCCUGCUUAAUAAAAUUAUAUAUAUAUCACA